UCAUAUUUAAAAGUGAGGCCCCCGGAGUGGUUGCUCGGUUUUCUGGGCUUGGGACAGACUAGAUUUGUGACUGGAAGGCUCGGGCUAGUGCGGGGCAGACCUCACCGUCAGUCACGGUUCCUGGGCGAUAGCCAUUUCCGCGGGCACGCAAGCACCCGGCAGGGGAGGAGGGCAUCCAGGUCCGCGAGCCGAGCCGCUCCAGGCCCCACUUCGCCCCAGUCCACGACCCGGCCUUCUUAGGGGACAGUGGCGUCUCUGCCGAAUUCAUCUGCGAAAGAUGAAAAGGGGAAGAACAUCCAGGUGGUGGUGAGAUGCAGGAGACCUCAGUGUCUUGAGGACAAACUGAAUUAACACAUGUGAAACACUUGGAACAACCAUUUAAUUUGACAGAGUGGAAAGCUAAUGCCCAUUUGGUAGUAGAAUGUGAUCAUGUGCGGAAGGAAGUUAGUGUUCGAACUGGAGGACUGGCGGAAAAAAGCUCAAGGAAAACAUACACUUUUGAUAUGAUGUGGCUGAACCAGCACUGGAAAAACCUUUACAAUGGAAGGUGAAAGGUCCCCUAAUGAAGAGUAUACUUGGGAGGAGGAUCCUUUGGCUGGUAUCAUUCCAUGUACUCUUCAUCAGAUUUUUGAGAAACUUACUGAUAAUGGUACUGAAUUUUCAGUGAAAGUGUCGCUGUUGGAAAUCUAUAAUGAAGAGCUCUUUGAUCUCCUUAAUCCAUCUUCUGAUGUUUCUGAGAGACUGCAGAUGUUUGAUGAUCCCCAUAGCAAGAGGGGAGUGAUAAUCAAAGGUUUAGAAGAAAUUACAGUACACAACAAGGAUGAAGUCUAUCAAGUUUUGGAGAAGGGGGCAGCAAAAAGGACAACCACAGCAACUUUGAUGAACGCCUACUCUAGGAAACUCUGAGUUCCUUGGAGUAUGCUCAUAGAGUAAAGAACAUAGUCAAUAAGCCUGAGGUUAACCAGAAACUCACCAAGAAAGCUCUGAUUAAGGUAAUUGUGAAUUUUUAUGGAGU